AUUUAAUACUUUUCUUUCAGAAAGAAUGCUAGAGCAGAUUGUUCAACAUAGGAUUGAGUGGAAGAGGAAACCUUAAUUUCAGUGGUAUGCUGCAUCAGCUGUACACCGGGGUGUUUGUUGUUGUUUACAUCUUGACGGUUUGUUUACCUUUUGCCCAGCCAUGUCGACCUUUUGACAUACGGAAAAUAGUUGAACCAAAAACCUGCACUGGUCCCCCGGGCAUUGAAGGAACCCACAUGACAAAUCUAACAUUAUCUCCAGGAAAAGAGGCCAAGUUUGUAUGCCUGAUUGAUCACAGUUGUUUGGUCUCAGUGAUAAAAUGGUAUCACAUCACACCAGACAACUCCUCCAUCAGACUUAUCAAGACCGCUAAGUCACCUGGUGAUCCUCAUGUUCAUAGAAUAGAGAAAGUUACUAUAGAAGAUGAAGGCACAUACAGUUGUGUGGCAGAGAAUGUAAUUGGGAAGACAGAAGUGUUGGCUUAUUUAACUAUAAACCCAGCCAGCAUUUGUAAACCAAACUUAUUCCAGCUGAUCAUACUAGGCAUUGUUUCAGCAUUUGCAAACCAAACCUAGUUCAGCUGAUUCUACUGAUCAUUGUUUCAGCAUUUACAAACUAAACCUAGCUCAGCUGAUCCUACUAGGCAAUGUUUGCACAGCUUUUGUAAACCAGCUCAGCUGAUCCUGCUAGGCAAAUUGUUUCAGCAUUUGAAAACCAAACUGAGCUCAGCUGAUCCUACUAGGUAUUGUUUCAGCAUUUGAAAGCCAAACUAAAUCUUGCAUUGUGUUGAUGGUCAAACAGAACUAUAAAAAUCAUAGAUUUUUACCCAGCUUUGUUUAGAACAAAGUCAUAUAAACUGGCUCUAGAUUUGAAAGGGCGGAAGACGCAAACUCAUGUCAUCAUCAUUUCUUAUGUGGCAUGUCACAUUCACAACACAACUUUGUAUGAAUAAGAAUGAUGCAGAUAUCCUUAUUUUUAUGGCUGAUAAUUGAGUGCUAUCUUCUUCAUAUUUGAUCAAACCAAGGUGUAAAGGGUACGGUUGUGAAUCGGACAUACCACACGUUUUUAAUCCAAAGACAGUUCUAAAAAAAAAUUCGAAAUCCCUAAAAAAGCCUGACAUAUCUAGUCUUGAAAAGAAAUGGUUUUGAACAUGACAAAGGGCUUUUAUCACAUUUUUGAUCCUACCUCAAUAUAAAACAUUUGUAACCUGCAAUAAAGGAAAUUAUGUUUUAAACAUUAAAAUUCGUAAUCAUAACA